AUGAUUCCUAUAAAAGCGGCUUACCUGUCCAAUGCACAGAGCGUGAAGAUUCUACAUCCGGGAUCCCUUUCUAAAUCACCAGUGCAGGAUGCAGCUCAUAUCGAUUUUUGCGCUAGCUACCCUAGCAACAUCUCUGACAGCUGGUCUAAGCACUUGGGUAAAUGUCCUGGCCAACCCACUAAUGGCAAGAAGCCUAACUUUGUUGUCUUUCUGACCGACAACCAAGACUACUUGAUGGACUCUCUAAAGUACCAAGAGUAUGUACAAAAGUAUUUUAUUGACCAAGGAACGCAGUUCACGCACUACUAUACGACGUCGUCUACAUGCUGCCCGUCGCGUGUUAGCUUUCUCCCCGGCAAAUUCGCGCAUAGCCACAACACGACCUCUGAGGUCGCCCCCUAUGGAUCGUACUACAAGUUCCAGGAGAACAAGCUCGACGACCACUGGCUACCACGAUGGCUGCAGGAAGAGAAUUACCGCAAUUACUAUAUCGGCAAAUUCAUUAACAGCGUCGAUGCUACGCAUCUGGGGCCGCCAAAGGGCUGGGAACACUUUGAGCCGCUAGUGUCACCGGGCAUCUACAACCUCACUCACCCAAUCUUCUCGCUCAACAGUGGUCCGCUCGAAGAGCACCCAGGUGUAUACCAGACCGAUCUUAUCAGCAACAAGUCCCUGGCUCUAAUAGACAACCUGUCUGAGCGCGACGAUCCACUCUUCUUUGUCAUCUCGCCGACUGCCCCGCAUGAGGAGGUCCAAGUGAAUGGCGACUUCACACCUCCGCGUCCAGCCGACCGUCACAAGUACUUGUUCCUGGAUGCCAAGGUUCCUCGUACGCCGCACUUCAAUCCGGCAGUACAGGACAAGGUCUUGUGGCUCAAGGACCUGCCAUUGCUAUCGGCAGCUGAUAUUGAGUACCUUGACUUUAUGUACCGUCAGCGCUUGCGUUCACUACAGGCCACAGACGAGCUGGUUGAUGCAGUGUUCAAAAGGCUUGAGGAAAAAGACUUGGUUGACAACACCUAUUUUAUCUACACCACUGACAACGGGUUCCAUCUGGGCCAUCAUCGGCUGAAGGCAGGUAAGUCACUUGCCUACGAAGACGAUGUCAAUUUGCCAUUCAUUAUCCGCGGACCAGGAAUUGCAAAAAAUGUGACCCGAUCGAAUCCUGGCACCCAUUCGCACUUCCCUGCCACUAUCCUGGAUCUCGCGGGCAUCUCUCGGCCUGAUGACUUGGAUGCGACAUCGCUGUUUGAUCCAGACCACACCGAAUCGUUUAACCUGGAAUAUUGGCAAGCAUCAUCCAAGAAGACUAUUGUCGAUAGCCAGAAUCGGACCGCCUACAAAUCUCUGAGGAUCAUCAGCAAGGACUUCAACCUCUACUACUCUGUUGGUGUUCCGGCGAGCCUCAAGAACCUGUACAGCCGGACGGAUCCUAACUUCCUCAACCGCCUCGAUGCCCUGUUCAGUGUGCUAUACAACUGUAAGGGCGAUGUAUGCAAGUUUCCGUGGAAUUUGCUGCACAAGGACGACAAGGUCAAGAGCCUCAAGGAUGCCCUCAAGCCCAAGUACGACAAAUACUACAAGUCGCUACCCAAGUUUCGAUUCCUGAAGUGCAAGGUGUACUAUGAUGUAGACAAUGAAGACACAGAUUAAAACUGAAUAGCUAGUAUACAUUCGCACUAAUG